AUGGGUGCUUACACCACGGACUCCGAUUCGGAGGAUUUUUGCGAGAAGACGCAGACGACAACCGCCCCCAAGCAGUCAUACUGCCCAUUCGUCUUGAUCAGGCAGUAUCGCAAGGACCGUCAAGAGAAACGAGACCAGGAGCGCCGCACGAAAAUUGAGAAUAUUCGUGAGCAGGUCAACAAGAGUCGCAAGAAUCUCAAGAAUAACCAGGAGACCCCUUGGCGGCGUGCGACCUCCACGGAACAGAGGCGUGAGGUCUUUGAACAUGGAGUGGAAGCUGGCUCGUUCCGCAUUUAUGGCUGCACAUACAAGAAAGGUCGGAAGUGCAAGCUUACGUGGACGUCGGUCAGAGGGGGGUAUAGCUCGAGUGUGAUACAUGACCUGCGCACUGUACAGGGCCGCGAUGAGGCUUUCAAAUGGUGGGACGAGUCUCAUGCACGUGAGAGCAAGGCCAUCACUCGUUCCGUGUCAAGGUGCGAUUCCUGGGAGGCGCGCUACCUCGAAUACAUCAAGAAUCAUGAUUCCCAUCUGCGGGACUUGCUUCUCAAGGGUGACCCAACCAGGUGGUCACGCGUCAAGGUCGAAAUUCUUUUUGACUGA